GAAGGGGGAGCGGCGGCGGGCUGCGGGUACCACCUUCUACCCUUAAGAGCCCUUGAGAGAUUUGGCUGCGUACCGGAGGCGAGUUCAUUGCUUCUGACGGGAGCCAAGUCGCAGCCUCGUCUCCCGCGCGGCUUCGGCCGCCCCAUGGCUUCCGUGAGUGAAGGUCUUUCUGCAGACUCACCACAAUCCCCUCCCCCCGCGCCCCACUCCCGGGCUGUCUGAAUGCUGCAUUUCCCGGUGCCUCGGCUUUCUAAUCUGUCUCCUUCACAAUUCCGCUUCUUCCCCGUCCGUGUGGCUGGGCGGGAGUGGGAACCCCUCGUGGAAGACGUCGUAGUGCCUAAUAUAUAUCCCGCCCUGUGGCAGGGCAAGGAUUGCAAAGAGCCGCUUGGCCCGAAACAUUGCGCUGCUGAAGUGCAGCUGUUUCGUAAAGCAGUUGGGCGCCAGGGUAAAUAAUCCCAGUCCCUUCAAAAUUUAGCGCAACAUUGGCCCAAGGCUGCAAUCCUCUAUAGACGCCACACUGGACUCUCAGGGGCUUUCGUGUAGCUGGACAUGUGCAGGGUUUGACUACAAACAUACACUAUUACUUUACAGGGAUAAUGCUACAGUAGUUGCUUUCUUCUGAAACUUCUUCGUGGCAACUUUUAGGAAUAAAAGUUAACGUUUCCAACUAAACAUGUUCAACCAUAUGCCCAUAUUUUCAAUUUGGCAUUACAUUUUUCUAUAUUUUCCCAGUAAUAGAAGUGGAUGUGUCCAUUAUAUUUGAAAGGACGAAUGCUGCUUACUACUUUAAUAACUAACAAAUCGUUUGGAUGCAACCUUUCAGUAUUUUUAAAGAUGUUUAUUAACUUUAAUAUUUUUUAAAAAAUGUCAGAGCAGUCUACCAUAAAAUAAAAAUGAAUCCAGCAAAAUUAUGCAAUGAACAGAGGCAUGUUUGCAUACAGCUGAUAUCAUGCCUGGGGAGACAGAAGAGUGUUAAGCAGGUGUUAGAAACCAUCUUCUCUAUGUCCUGUUAUAACUUUUAAUGUCUUAAGAACAUAAAAGAGCCCUGCUGGAUCAGUCCAAAAGCCUAUCUAGUCCACCUGCAGUUCCCAGCAACUGGUAUUCAGAGGCAUAUUGCUUCCUAGUGUGCGGAAGAACAUAGCCAUUGUGGCUAGUAGCCAUUCAUAAGCUUCCAUGAAUUUGUCUAUUCCUUUUAUAAGAAUGUAGGAAGGCGCCCUGUUAAUCUGUAUAAAGUUAGCCAGUGUGUAUGAAGAGAUACAAUAUUGGUGCUACCCACCCACUGUAUUACACAAUUCCCACUGUAGACUAGGCCAGGUAACAUUUUGGGAUUAAGUAUAAUGAAUCAAUUGAAUAAUAAGAGAUGGGCAGGCUUCCCUUUUCUUGCUGGUUAAAACAUCUGAACACAGUAGUAUUCAAAUAUAAUGCAUGGUCAAAACUGUUAUUGAGUACAGGCAACUCCCAAUUUGUGUAGGAGCUCCAUUCCUGGACAUUGCACAUGUUGGCGGAGUGUACAUAAGCCCGUUCUGCCAUCUUCCAGGUCUGAAAACGGUCCACACAUGUUUGAAAAGUAAUGGAGGGGAAAGUUCGAGUCACAGUGUGGAGAAGCCGGCAACUGAUGAAGAAACUGAUGACCCCGACACAAAGCCUGCUCCUGCCAAAAUGUCCAAGUUUGGGUUUGCCAUUGGCACACAGGUUGCAAAGAAACCGCCUGCAAUAUCCAUCAAGCUUGGAGCAAAUAAACCUAAAGAGCCUACUCCAAACCUAGCUCCAAAAACGCUUUCUGUAGCAGCAAUCUUCAACGAAGAUGAAGAUAGUGAACCUGAAGAGAUGCCACCAGAAGCUAAAAUGCGCAUGAAGAACAUUGGAAGGGAUACUCCAACUUCAGCAGGACCAAAUUCUUUCAACAAAGGAAAGCAUGGGUUUUCUGACAACCAGAAGUUAUGGGAACGGAACAUGAAAUCUCACCUUGGAAAUGUCCGUGAACAUGAUGACUAGUUGUGUAUUGAGAUCUGAGUGUUGGGAGAAAUGGGAGGGUAUGAUAUUAAAGGAACACUUUCCUUUUUUAGAGUGGUGUAUGGCUAUUUUGAGUGCCACUUUUAAAAGUUUCUAAGUGGUGCACAAAAAAACUGAGUUUAAAAGUAGAGGUAAUUUAUGUUUUGUAUACAGAUUUCAAAGCAUUUGCUAAUUUUGUAGCUUCGUGCAAUUAAUUUCACAAGGUUAUGGAAAAUAAAGACAUUGGAAGUGGUACCUUUUUAAGAAUUUUCUUUUACAACUAUUCUUAUAUGAAGACAGAGGAAAGGUUACUGUCUCUUUAAUCCAUUUAAAUUAAAUGCUGCUGCACUCAAGACUUCCAGCUCCUACUUUGUAAUAGAUUGUUGUCUCCUUAAGGCUACUUUUAUAGAAGGGGAGUAACUUGCUAUACAUUGAGUUUGAUAGACUCUGGCUUUCUGGACAGCAUAGAACCUGAAAAGACUACUGCAAAAAGUCAUUUAGUAUUUUAAACAUCCAUAAACUCAGACUUCUGGCUGUGGUAGUUUACUCUAUAGUCCUGUUUUGAAACUUUGUGUAAUUUCUCUGUGGCCUGUUCCACUCUUAGACAUGUGUCUUACAUGUGUAUAAAUAUUAGGGAAAAGGUAAAUCAGUAUUUUGAUUGUUUUCUUAAUCAUGAGUCUUGACCAGUGCUUGUUAAUAUUUCUUUGUCAAUUUGAGACCGAUAAAGAAUAUCAGCAGAAAAAAGGCAUUACCAAAAUGAUGAUUGUACUUUUAACCUGCUUUAGUUUUGGUUUCAAUAUUUCCCAUAAUCCCUUAAGAGGAGAAGAAAGCCACACACAAACCAACCAACCAACCGGUAGAAGCAUAUAUCCAUAUUUUGGUUUAAAUCUUUAGUUUAAAUGCGAGAAGACCAUCUUGUAUUUUUAAGUAAGGGACACUCUUGGAUUUUAAGACAGCAUUUUAAUCCACUUCGGUUUUGUCAUUAAAGCAAUCUGUAGAACAUAACUUUACACUUUUAUCUCCAGCUGUUUUACAUUUAAUAUUGCUGGAACACUGUUGAGAGUUAAUUUCUUUUAGCGAUAGAGUUUUCCGUCAGUUAUUAUUUCUGUAAUCUACCUGGACACAGACCUAAAACACUUGAGGACUUUUCAGCAGGAUUUAAGUUGUGUAAGUAGUCUGGGGUUAGGUAAUAUCAUCAGUCACAUAGCUGAAAUAGAUAAAAUACUUCAGAAGCAGUAUAUGGGUCUGAAUUACUAGUUUUCAUAUGUAGUUUGAAUAUCUGGAUCAUAUUAUAGAUUACUUACCUACUGUAUGUUAGUCACUCUUACUUCAGCACAACGAGAUUAUCUAGUGGGGGAAAUAUGCAUCCAAGUUUUAUUUUUACAAUUUAGAAGAGCUUUGACCAUGUAGACAUCUGUGUGUAAGAUCUAAGCAGUUUUGUAUUUGUAUGUGAAUUUUUGUUUGCAGUUAAAAAUCUGUAACGUAUAUUUUCUUUAAAGGCUUUGCUAUAAACAUAAGAGAUGUAAACAAGUUAUUUAUCUAGAGCUGCAGUUGUUCAAUUACUUGUGAAAGUUCAAGACUUUUAAAAAAUGAUUUCUUUUGGCUCCUCAUUAUUGAGGCCAAUGGCACAAUUAGCCCUUAACUAAACCAUUAAUCAGGGAAAAGGAAAGAUGGCACUAGGUACAACCAUUUAUGUACCUAAACUCAUCUCUCUCUCUCACACACACCCCUUCAAUUUAUAAAUUCAUUUAUAACCUUUAGGUGACCAAUGUCCUGGUCAGCUUUAGCCCCAUUCUAUAUAAUAAUUGUGCUUGUUUUCAGUACCCUCCCCACCAUCAAAGCAAUGAAAAAGUACACAAAUCCUUUACCUUGGGCCUAUGAUAUACUAACCUCUUGAAGUUUCACAAGAACUCUUUGAAAAGGAGGAAGGAAAAGUUUGGAGUAUUUGUCAUGAUUUAUUCCCAAGUUGGGGAAGAAAUGGUGGGAACCAAAAGCUGUAACUUACUCUUCUUUGAGCUUUGCUUGUGCUGAUGCUGUGUAAUCUUUAGCCAUGGACUCUAGCUGCUGAGGCUAGUGUUUUUAAGUAUAAAAACUUGUCAAGUAAAACCAAA